AUGCCUCCGGAGCCACCCCCCUCGUCGGAUAUUGAUGCCGCUUUUGAGGCAUCAACCAACUUCGCCGAUCUCCCAAGUCUGAUCGGUCCCACAAAACAUUGUUGUUGCGCCAUAAUGUCGGAAACACGCAUUUGGUCCAACAACUCCAACGGACAGCCUCGACUCAAAUGUGACCGCGGUACCCUCAAAAAGAGGGAAUGCAAGCCCUGCCCACAUGAGCUUCUGAGGGAACAAGCGGCUGCGUGUCAGUCCUCAUCCCCGCCUGCUCGCUGCGCUCCUCACAAGGGAGAGGGUAUCCGCUGGGGCAUUUGCGAUGCCUUUCAACGCCAUAUGUACGAGAGCAAGAAGGUUGCCAAGGAAGCUAUGAUUGAGGGUGGUGCAGCUGCUGAUGUUGCCAGCUCUAUGGAGAAGGGUACUUUCUCUGGUGCUAAUUUUGAAUCUCAUACUGACACUCCCACUGCUGCAAAUGCCACCCAUGUUGAAGAUGCUAGCCCUCUCACGUUUACUAUCCCUCCAGUUUUUAUGUCUGCCGCCCGUCGCUGGCUCAUAUUCAUCUAA